UUACUAAUCUCUAAAUGGGUGCAGUAAAAGAUGGCAGGAGUUAUGGUUGUUCUGCAACAGCUGCAAUCAUAUUUGCACAAUUGUUUGGCAUUGCUGCCAUAACUUUAAUGCUUGUUUGGCUCUUGCAUUUCAGAGAAGGAGUUGCUUUGAGUUCCACUGUUGAAAUCCGUCUUCUCAAUAUACAUCACCUUCUUAUGUUCCUUGGACUUGUUUACUCUGGAGGACAAGCUAUUAUAGCAUUCAAGGCAAUUCCAGCAACAAGAAGAGUUCAAAAGUUUUUCCAUGGUUUGUUGCAUCUUGUGGCCAUUGCUUUGGGUGCUUUAGGACUGUAUGCUGUUUUCAAGUUCAACAGAGACUUGGGAAUACCUGAUCUUAAAAGUUUACACUCUUGGCUUGGCAUUGCCACCAUUUCCUUGUACUCUUUACAGUUGGUGGUUGGAUUAAUGAUAUUCAUGUUCCCUGGAGCUUCAUUUACAACAAGAGGGAGCUAUCUCCCUUGGCAUGCUUUCUUUGGAUUAAUAAUAUUUAUGAUGGCCAUUUGCACUGCUGAGACUGGAUUAAUGGAGAGGUUUGCUAUCUUGCGGUUGUAUCAAGUAAAAGAAGGGCUUAUUGUAAAUUUCACUGGACUUGCAAUCCUUCUCUAUGGAAUGUCCAUCAUCCUCAGUGUUAUACUUCCUUAAUUAUCUUAAUUGCUUACUUGUUAAUUGUAUUAAUAAUCACAUAGUGCUC